GGGGACUCCACGAGGCUGAACAGUGGACCUUGCAGGGGAGAAUCCAGGCCUACUUUUUGAGACUGGGUCUUGGCAUCCGCUCUCCAGUCUGUGUCUCUUCGGGGUUGGGGUUGGCGAACGGACCCGCGAUUUUUUUGGACGGGCCUGCUGUUUGGACGACGACCGCCCGCCCGCGCCGAUUCCCGCGAUACCUUCGGGACCCAUCCUGACGAAGCGAACCGGUUGCAGCUCUCCCCCCAAACAUCCACCACCACCACAAUGUUUGGGGCUUUCAGAUUCACCAACCCCCUCUCCGGGGGUCUUCUUUGGAAGAUCCCAUGGCGCAUGUCCAAGUUCCAGAAGCUCAGGCAGCGCCGCAGACUGAGGGCCGUUGACAACGUCGUUGCCACCAUUGAGAACGCUCUUGCCAAGAAGGGUGAGACCGUCAAGGCGGUGGAACGCUGGAGGGCUGAGAUGCCCACCGAGGCCGAGAUGCUGCCCAAGGACAAGUACACCAUCUUCGACCGCAAGGAGAAGAGGUACCGCAAGGGCAUCCACAAGCUUCCCAAGUGGACCCGUGUGUCCCAGAGAGUCAACCCUCCCGGUUACUAAGACCUUCGACCCGGACGAUGGACGAUAUCGUGCAAGCAUGUAUAUCACUUGUAACAUUACACAGCGAAAUGGCAUGGGUGACAUUGGAGAUACCGGUAACAGGACCGUUUGCUUGGGGCAAAGAAGAGGAGGCCUCCUGUCUCGUCUCGCAAGGAGACUGACUGACUUGAGGUCCUGUCCAUCAUGGACACUCCUGCUCGCUCCAUGUUGAGAUACCACUGCAGAGAGCAGCGCAAACACGGCCAGGCGAGCAUCACAGAAGAAUGUGUGGAGCCAUACCGAAUGGAUG